AUGGCGGCUACUCAUCGAAUGACCCGCGAGUACUGGCCAAAUGGUCUCGAAGAUUGGACCAAUAUCUUCGAUUGCCGUCUUUGCACAUUUCUUAAGAGCAUGAUAGAUUGUGAAGAUACUGCUAUCAAGGAAGGAUGGCUCAAAGAGGAUGAACGACUUUCUGCCCCAAUGCAGGAAAGCUGGGAAAGUGGAGAUAUUGAGGAUGUGUUGAAGCAAAGACUCGAUCUUCUAAGCCACGAGGAGAGAAAUGAGAUGGAAAGACUUGUUGCACAGAAGCUCGAAGAUAUGAAAACUAGGGUCCUGGCUUGGGAUCCCGAUAAACAUACCAAGUCUCAUAUAGAUAUCCCCAAGAAGUAUGGUGCAGAGACAGAAAAUGAGGCGGAGGACGAGGCGGCUGAUACGGAAACCCCGAAGCCAGACCAUGACGAGGUUCAAAUCACCGAAGCGGGGCCAGACAAGCCUGAUACCCAGCAAAUAUCCGAAAAGCUGACCCAGCUUUCAACUAGAUCAUAG